GGCUGCAGAACUAGUUCAUUUCUGCAUAAUGCAACACUGUAAACGGUAGAUGGCGACAGAAAAAGUUGUGUGGCGCUGUUGCUCAUUAAGUAUACAUAAAAAAAAGUUAAAUUGCACACAUAUUUAUUAUUAAAAGGUGCUUGAAACAAAGAGCGCGAGCAAGCAAAUAACAACAACAGCAGCAGUGGCGGCACACAGAGAGCAACAGCGUUUACAAACGAUAGCAACACCAACGCAGCACAGAUAGAGGCAGUAACAGCAGCAGCAGAAUCAGAAGCAGCGGUCAGAACGACGUUGACGGUGACAGCAGCGACGACAAUGAACACACUGAGCGCAAACACAAACGGAAGUGGAGCUGGCUCGACGGGCAAUGGCAACGGUAACGGUAGUGGUAAUGGCAACGGGAACGGCAACGGCGGCUCCACAGCAAAUGCCACAACAGCCGGCAGUAUAGGCGGUGGCGGUGGCGGUGGAGGAGGGGGCUGCCUUGAUGAGGCGGGCGGGGAUGCCAGCUCGAGGAGACAGGCGACACGGGUAUUUAAGAAGAGUUCAUCGAAUGGCAAAAUCACAGUGUAUUUGGGCAAGCGCGACUUUGUGGAUCAUGUGUCGCAUGUGGAUCCCAUUGAUGGUGUCGUCUUCAUUGAUCCCGAGUAUGUCAAGGAUCGCAAAGUGUUUGGUCAAGUCCUGGCCGCCUUUCGCUAUGGACGCGAGGAUCUGGACGUGCUUGGACUGACAUUCCGCAAGGAUUUAUAUUUGGCGCACGAACAAAUCUAUCCGCCCAUGCAACUGGAACGACCCAUGACCCGCUUGCAGGAGCGUCUCAUCAAGAAACUGGGACCCAAUGCACAUCCAUUCUACUUUGAGGUGCCGCCCUAUUGUCCGGCCUCAGUGUCCUUGCAGCCAGCGCCGGGCGAUGUCGGCAAAUCCUGUGGCGUUGACUAUGAGUUGAAGGCGUUUGUGGGUGAACACAUCGAGGACAAACCACAUAAACGUAAUUCUGUACGCUUGACGAUUAGGAAAGUGAUGUAUGCCCCAUCGAAGGCCGGCGAACAGCCCUCCAUUGAGGUCAGCAAAGAGUUCAUGAUGAAGCCCAAUAAAAUUCAUUUGGAAGCGAGCCUGGAUAAGGAACUGUAUCAUCAUGGCGAGAAGAUUUCGGUCAAUGUGCAUGUGGCGAACAAUUCGAAUCGCACUGUCAAGAAAAUAAAGGUGUGUGUACGCCAAUUCGCCGACAUUUGCUUGUUCUCGACGGCCCAAUACAAGUCUGUGGUGGCCGAGACCGAAUCGGAGGAUGGUUGCAGUGUGGCGCCGGGGUUCACGCUCUCCAAGGUAUUUGAGCUAUGUCCUCUGCUUGCCAAUAACAAGGACAAAUGGGGACUUGCGCUGGAUGGACAGCUAAAGCAUGAGGACACAAAUUUAGCGUCCAGUACGCUUAUCACCAAUCCUGCACAGCGUGAAAGCUUAGGCAUCUUGGUGCACUAUAAGGUCAAGGUGAAGUUACUUAUUGGAUCGCCACUAUUGGGCGGCGAUUUGGUUGCCGAGCUGCCAUUUACGCUUAUGCAUCCCAAACCGGAGGAGGAGGAACCACCACUGCUUGGUGAUCGCUCGCCGCGUGCCAGUUUGGCGGCGCCGCUGCUUAGCUUGGGCGAUGCUGGCGAGCCAGGAGCUGCAGCGGCCUUAGCACAAGCCGAAAAGGAUGUGCCCACCACCACGAACCUCAUACAACUGGAUGACGAUGAUGCCCAAGAUGAUGAUAUUAUCUUUGAGGAUUUUGCGCGCUUACGGUUAAAGGGCGCCGAAACAGAGGCUUAAAUCGUCGCCAGCUGAUGUUCGUUGUCCCUUAGAUAGUUCUUUGUAUUGCUUCGAGCAACUGAUCAUUAAUAUUGUCCAACUCUACAUAUAUCCAAAAAUAUGGCAUUUGUAUCAUAUGAUGUAUUUUACGGAGCCCCCUGAUUGUAAACUAUGAAUAAGUACGUAUCCACGGUACAAUGUUUUAGUUUGCUAUCGAUAUGUGUAGGCCAUACGUUCUAGUAUCUAUAGUGCUAAGCUGAAAGUGUACGAAUUUUUUGAGAAUGUGAUUGUCUAACAAAUACACAAAUCGUUCAAACACUACAAACACAGACCAACAA